CUUUGUGAAAACCUCCUCGCUCUUGAAUAAGCAAAACUGAGCACUAUAUUUGGAUACUUCAAUUCUGAAGAAAUCCUUUUCUAAUUCUUUUCCUCUCAACGAUAUGGCCAUUGUUGCUUCUUCUUCUUCUUCUUCUUCUGUCGUGAUCAACAAUGAAGUCUUCAUCAGUUUUAGAGGAGACACUCGUAAGAACUUUACUAGUCAUCUUUACUCUGCCUUAUGCCGGAAAGGCAUUCGGACCUACAGAGAUGAUCCGAAUCUCGAGAGAGGAGAUGAAAUUUCGGUUGCACUUUCAAGAGCAAUUGAGGAAUCGAAGAUUUCAGUAGUCGUCUUCUCGAAAGAGUAUGCUUCUUCUAGAUGGUGCUUGAAUGAGCUCGUGCACAUUCUCAAAUGCAAGAAUGAAAGAGGUCUGAUUGUUUUACCCGUCUUUUACGACAUCAAUCCGUCAUAUAUUAGGAAACAGAUGGGGAGUUAUGCUGAUGCCUUUACUGCACACAAAGAACGUUUUGAGCUGAAAAAAGUGGAGGAGUGGAGAAAUGCUUUGACUGCUGCAGCUGAUCUAUCUGGCUUUCAUUCAAAAAAUUAUCAGUAUGAGUCGGAAUUAAUUGAGAAGAUUGUGAAAGAUGUAUUGAGGAAAUUAAAACGAUUGCCACAAAUUAUUAUUGCUACAAAGGGCCUUGUAGGAAUAUAUCGACAACUGGAGGAAAUUGAAUCCCUGUUAUGGUUUGGAUUACCAAAUCCUCGUGUCAUAGGCCUUUGGGGGCUUGGUGGUAUCGGUUCCUCCCUUCAUUCUCAAGCCGUAGAAUAUUGGGAACACACAUGGAAUAAGCUAAAAAUAAUUCCCCAUUCAGACGUUCAAAAGGUGUUGAAAAUAAGUUAUGAUGGGCUAGAUGAUAAGCAACAAGAUAUUCUCCUUGAUAUUGCAUGUUUUCUUAGAGGGGAGACAAGAGAUUUUAUAGAGAGCAUACUAGAUAAUUGUGAUUUGUUUUCAAGUUCGGGGAUUGAAGUUCUCAUAAACAAGUCUCUCAUUACCAUUUGUAAGGGCGAAGUUCAGAUGCAUGAUUUGAUACAAGAGAUGGGUUGGGAAAUUGUUCGGCAACAAUCUAUUAAACAUCUUGGAAGGCGUAGUCGGUUGUGGAUUCCUCAAGACGUCUAUCAUGUCUUAGACAACAAUGAGGGAACCGAAGAAAUCGAAGGAAUAUAUCUUGACAUAUCUAAGAUUGAUGAUGCUCUACACUUGGAACCUAUAGUUUUCAACAAGAUGCAUAGACUGAGAUUGCUCAAGAUAUAUGUUUCAGAUUAUUCACAUCAUAGUAAAUUCAAAUGCGUUAAGCAACUUUGGACUGGUGUACAGAAUCUUAGAAAUUUGAAGCGUAUUAAUCUUGGUUAUUCCAAGCUACUGAUCAAACUUCCAGAUCUAUCCCGAGCUCUAAAGCUAGAAAGUAUUAAUCUUGAGGGCUGUAUAAAUUUAGUUGAAGUUCCUCCGCUUAAUUUUCAAGGAUGUUUUGGAUCUCUUACACUACGUGGUUGCAUUAAGAUUAAAUCAGUCCCAAACAUAUCGGGGAAUAUCAAAUACUUGAAUUUAGACUGGACUGGAAUAAAAGAAUUGCACUUAUCAAUUGGGUGUUUUGAAAGUCUUGUGGAAUUGAGCCUUCGUGGUUGUCAGCAUAUCAAUAAUUUUUCAGCAGCUUCUUUUCCGAGAAAUAUACAAGUUUUUAAUUUAAGCGACUUGUCAAUAAAACAAGUGCCCUUCUCAAUUGAGUUGUUAGAAAAUCUUGUGGAAUUGAGGCUCGAAGGUUGUCAACAUAUCAAGCAUCUUUCAGCAGCUCUUCAGAAAAAUCUGAAAAAAUUGAAUUUGCGAGACUCAUCAAUAGAACAAGUGUCUUCAUCGUCAAUUGAGGGUCUUGAUUUUCUGAGGGAAUUUCGUCUUGGAGGAUGCAAAAAGCUUGAGAGUCUCCCAACCAAUAUAUUUAAAUCCAAGUCUCUUGAAAGUCUUCAACUUGGCGAUCUAAGCGCGAACCAAUUUGAGAAUAUACCUUCAACCAUGAUCAUACAACUUCAUCGGCUGGAAACACUCAACAUUCAAAAUUGCAAGAAGCUCCGAUCUUUGCCACAACUUCCAUCGUCUGUUAUACGUCUACAUGCAAGAGGAUGUACUUCUCUGGAGACAAUAUCAAGUUCGGGGUGCUAUGGAUUCAACAUACGGCAUGUGACUCGCCCUUUCAUUCACAAAAGAUUUACGUUCCAAAAUUGCUGGAAACUAGGACGGAAUGCACGCAGCAUUUUAACUGAUUUCUUAUACGGAGUUGAUAAAUUGAAUUUGGGAGGAAAUUAUUGUCUUACAAUUGGAGUAUGUUAUCCGGGAAAUGAAAUUCCAAAGUGGUUCAGGCAUCAAGACGAGGGGAUUUCAACAACUAUGAAGCUUCCCCAUGGUUGGCAUAAUUCUAAUUUUAUGGGUUUUGCCAUUUGCAUUGUUGCUUCAAUAUUCCCAGCAGGCACAGUCUCCAAUUCUUCUAAGUACAUGCACGGUCUCCAAUAUGUAGAAAUUAAGUUUGACAUACAACUUAAAACCAAGUGCGGUCAAAUCCACAAAUAUAAACACGAUAUGGGUGCUUUCGUGGUCAAAUCCAGAAGUAGUGAUAUUAGGUCGGACCAUGUGUUCGUGCAAUGCGUCACUGACAGCAUGUUCAACGGACAUCCUGAUGCAAUGGAGGCAUCAUUCUAUUUGAAAUUUAGAUCUUUUGUCCAAAGUACGAUAUGUUAUUCGAAUGUGAAAAGGAUUGGAGUUGGAAUGAAAGGUGAAAAGACAAACUUGAAUUCUGAUGUUGGAGAGAAUGUUUUCAGCAUUUUCAAGGAUUGA